UGCCAGUUUAUUUUAGAGUGUGAUGUGCUUGCAUACUAUAUUCUUACAAAAUAUUUUCAGUGCAUUCAGUUCAUUUCAGUACAUGUUUGAGUAUGCAAAUAGGAUCAUCAGAAACACCCUCUUGUAACACACAUCAGGAAGUGGCUUUAUUUUUCUGCUCCCGCAUUGCUUCCUCUAUCGAGUACCUGAGCAAAAAAAAAAAAAAAAGGCUUUUAUGUCUGAAUAGACAGUUGGAGUUAUUAAAAAAUGAAAAUGGAGUCUUUAUCUGUGGAAGAGCUUUCUUGUCCUGUGUGCAUUGAGAUCUUCAAAUUUCCUGUUGUUCUGUCAUGCAGUCAUAGUUUCUGUAAAGAGUGUCUUCAACAGUUCUGGAGAUCAAAGAAAACUCGACAGUGUCCGGUCUGCAGGAGAAGAUCCUCGAAAACUGAUCCUCCUAGUAAUCUUGUGUUAAAAAACUUGUGUGAGUCUUUCUUGAACGUUGAGGAGGUUUGUAAUUUGCAUGGUGAGAAACUCAAACUCUUCUGUCUGGAGGACAGUCAGUCAGUGUGUUUAGUGUGCAGAGAUUCAGACAAACAUGCUCAUCACCAAUUCAAGCCAAUCAAAGAUGUUCUUCCUUCUUACAAGGAGGAACUCCGUAUCGCACUGAAGUCCUUACAAGAAAAGCUCAAACACAUGGAGGAAGUUAAAGGAGAGUGUGAGGAAGCGGUUGAACACAUCCAGACUCAAGCUCAGCACACAAAGCAUCAGAUUAAUGAGGAGUUUAAGAAGCUCCAUCAGUUUCUCAUUGAGGAAGAAGAGGCUAAAAUCACUACACUGAGGGAGGAUGAGGAGCAGAAGAUUCAGAUGAUGAAGGAGAAUCUGGAGGAGAUGAACAAACAGAUCUCAGCUCUUUCAGAUACAAUCAAAGACAUUGAGGAAGAAAUGAAAGCCAAGGAUGUCUUGUUUCUAAAUAACUUUAAAGCCACAAUGGAAAGAGCCCAGAGCCCACAUCCGAAUCCACAGAUGAGUUCUGGAGCUCUGAUUAAUAUGGCGAAUCACUUGGGAAACCUGGCAUUUGGUGUAUGGCUGAAGAUGCGAGAUAUUGUCCAAAAUGCUCCUGUGAAUCUGGACCCCAACACUGCACAUCCCGAACUCCACCUGUCUGAUGAUCUGACCAGCAUGACAUGGACCAUGGACACUCAAGCAUUUCCUGCUAACCCAGAGAGAUUUGACAUCUAUCCAUGUGUCCUGGGUUCUGAAGGCUUUAACUCAGGAACACACUGCUGGGAUGUGGAGGUUGGGGACAAUAUACACUGGACUCUUGGAAUAACAACAGCAUCAAACCAAAGGAAGGGGUUUACUUUCUUUGACAAAGAUGUCUGGUGUGUGUGGUACAAAAAUAAAGAAUAUUUCUCACAUCACCAAGAGCAAACCUACACUCCCUUUAGUGUUAAAGAGAGGCUUCGGAGGGUGAGAGUACUGCUGGACUGGGAUCAAGGAAGAGUGUCAUUUUCUGAUCCACUAACACCUGACACUCAUCUGUGCUCAUUCACAGCAACCUUUACGGAGAGAAUCUUUCCGUUCUUCUCUAGUGUUUGUCUCACUUCUGGUCUGAGGAUUCUACCAGUGAAAAUAUUUGUAACAGACAAGCACAGCGACAGUUAUAUAUGAUCCUGUAUGUUCAUUCAAGAUUACCCAGCAUUACCUAUGUAAAACAGUCUACAAAACUGAAAAUCAUGUAGCCUAUAUUAAAAAUUGCAUAAUAAAGAC